UAAUUAUGACGUAGAAAAAGGUCCUUGUAGUAUUUACCUUGGAUCGAUGAUAUUGAUGUUGGCUCUGACUAUUUGAAUUAUUCCAAUAUUCUUAUAUUACACAUACAGAUUUACCAAGAUCUACAAACUAUCAUAUAAAUGAAUCCUAAUGUAUCUCCUCACUGCAAACCUCUCCCUCAUCUCCAGAAUCGUCCAAAUAGCUAACCACAUACACUUCAACUUCGGAAAGUCCAAAGACCACUGAAAGCAUUUCCCUUCUUCUGCUUGUCAAACAGGUUUCCUAUUCUCUAUGCCUUUGUUCUUUAUGAUAUCCUCAGUGAUGUUCAGCUUUUUUAAUUGGAUCUACCAGAGCCAGGAGAUUAAGCAGUAUCUUAGACGAUCUAUGAAGGCAGGCAGAAGGAUAAUUGAUGUACUUUUAGGGACUGCCCAAGCUAUCAUUUUAGUAUUUCUUUUAGUUAUUAUUGUGGUUGCUUGAGGAUUUGAGGAGAAGGUACUUACUGAAGAUUUGUACUUUAUGAUGUUUACUGUUUGAUAUUUCAUAGUCUCAACUGUGUUCAUCCUAGUGGGCAGGUACUACUACCAGUGCUUGAAGAAGUUUUCCCCAGUGCAAGCGAAGCAGAUGAAGAAAAGAGUGGUCCUGAGUGUGAUGUUUAUUUCAGGCCCGAUGUAUUUGAGAGGGGUCGAGAAUUUGAUCAGGUUUGUGGUCGAUCGUGAUAGGACUUUUAUUGAGCAUUCUUUACACAACAAUACCUUUGGUUACCCCUUAUUCAUCAUCUCUUUCUACAUCCUUGGAGAUCUUAUCCCAAUCACCACAAUGAUGAUCAGCAUGAAAACAGUAAUCAACCAUUACUAUCAAAGCCUGCAAUGCCCUUCAUCUCUUCUGCUACCCCCAAAAUCCCAAUCAACUCUUUCCCGAACCCCUUAUCUCCGCUCAGACUCCUUCUUCAGUAACUCAUUCUCCAAAUUUUCCCGCUCUGACUCUCUCCGCACAAGUUCAGAUCCCUCACUCUUAGAUCCCUCUUCACAGAAUUCCUAACACAAAUUUAAAAUCUCACUUC